UUUAAAUAAAUAAAAAAAGAAAUCAUUUAAAUUAUUAGCCUCGAUUAUUGUAAAAGUGCUAAACAGUGAUAAUUUUUAUGUUUGUGGUGAGACAAAAUGGGGCACAUGGUUCACAAAACUUUUCUGUUUGGUGAUUUUGGUGUGGUUGAGUUGGUGGUAAAGCGCAUGAAACGUCAUAUUUGUUUGGGGGCCUGUUUUUUCCAAAAAUUAUAAUGGGGGCUACCCGAAAGCAUGCCAGAGGAUAGAUUUUGGCUCACUAAACGCCUUAUUAUUGUAGUUUUGUUCUUGUAUUUUUUGUACGUGUGGAAGGAGCUGUCUAUGUGAUGUCGAAGCACCGAGUGUCUUAUUUUUUCAACCCUGAUGUGGGGAACUUCCAUUACGGUACAGGGCACCCCAUGAAGCCCCACCGACUCUCUGUAAUUCACAGUUUAGUGUUAAAUUACGGCUUGCACAAGCACAUGCAGAUUUACCGGCCUUACAAGGCGAGUGCUCACGACAUGUGUCGCUUCCACUCUGACGAAUAUAUCGAUUUUUUGCAAAAGGUCACGCCUCAAAAUAUUCAAGCCUUCACGAAGCAUUUGAGUCACUAUAAUGUAGGGGAUGAUUGUCCCGUUUUCUGGGGGCUGUUUGACUUCUGUUCGAUGUACACAGGGGCGUCGCUCGAAGGGGCCAUGAAACUGAAUAAUAAUCACUGUGACAUUGCUGUUAAUUGGUCAGGGGGGCUGCACCAUGCGAAAAAAUUCGAGGCCAGUGGUUUCUGCUACGUAAACGACAUUGUGAUUGGAAUUUUAGAAUUGCUCAAAUAUCACGCAAGAGUUUUAUACAUUGACAUUGACGUCCAUCACGGAGACGGCGUCCAGGAAGCUUUUUAUCUCACUGAUCGAGUCAUGACUGUUAGUUUUCACAAAUACGGCAAUUAUUUUUUCCCUGGAACGGGUGAUAUGUACGAAAUUGGGGCCGAAAGUGGUCGGUAUUACUCCGUCAAUGUCCCCCUGAAGGAAGGAAUCGACGAUUCGAGCUACUGGAUGGUUUUUAAGCCGGUUAUUUCAAGCGUAAUGGAGUUUUUCCAACCAACAGCCAUUGUGUUGCAAUGUGGGGCCGAUUCUUUGGCCAAUGACCGCUUGGGGUGCUUCUCCUUGAGCACCAAAGGUCAUGGGGAGUGUGUCAAGUUUGUCAAGAGUUUAAAUGUACCGACUUUGGUCGUCGGAGGGGGCGGUUAUACCCUCAGAAACGUCGCCAGAUGUUGGACUUAUGAGACCUCAUUACUGGUUGAUGAACAAAUCUCAAACGAAUUACCGUACACGGAAUAUUUAGAAUUUUUUGCACCCGAUUUUACUCUACAUCCUGAAGUCGUCACAAGACAGGAAAAUGCAAACAGUCGCCAGUAUUUGGAGGCCAUAACUAAAUUUGUGUGCGAUAACUUGAAAAUGUGUCAACACUCGCCAAGUGUGCAAAUGCACGACGUCCCAGGAGACGCAAUUCCAGAAGAUGAUAAAAUCAAAGAAGAGGAAGACCCCGAUGUUAGGAUUAGUCAAGAUUUAGAAGAUAAGACGGUCGAGGCUAAAAACGAAUUUUACGACGGAGAUAAAGAUAAUGAUAAGGAAGAUAUGGAAACCUGACUUGUAUUUAAGUAAAUAAUAUACAAAGAUUUUUUAUUUAAA